AUGGAUGGAAAUAACAGAAGCACAUUGGUUAAAAGAGGAAUUUACUCGCCAAAUGGGCUAACCUUGGAUGGUGCAAAUAACAGGCUUUAUUGGGUAGAUGCACGGUUCCAUGUAUUGGAAUACUACGACCUUGAGCGUCAUACCAUUAAAACUCUGCUUCGUAACAGUUAUGUCUUACGGAACCCAUUUGGUUUGACAUCCCUCGAAGAUGACAUUUACUGGACUGAUUCAAGUUCGGGUGUUGUUUACCAGUCGCAAAAGGACUUUCCGUCAAAAGUUACAGCUCUCGUUCGCGGUUUGUCACGACCAUUGGAUAUACAUGCUUAUGACAGGACUCGGACUAUUCCAGACCAUCCUUGUUCCUUGUCCUUUGGUGGAUGCUCUCAUCUCUGCCUUAUGAGACCGAAGGGAUACAAAUGCGCAUGCCCUGAUAAUCUCAAACUGUCGAAAGAUGGGAAAACAUGUAUCCCCCCGACAUACAUAUUUCAGAAAUUCUUGCUGUUUGCUGAUGACUGGGAUACAAAAAUAUACAUCGUCGAUUUGGAUGAUUCCAAUUUUUUGGCCAAAGCUCUGCCGAUAGGAGGUUUCUACUAUGAACCAUAUGCGCUUGGAAUGGACAUUACAGACAACAGAGUCUACUGGACAGGCGUCUACCAAAACAGCAUUAGGAGGGCUUUCAUAAAUGGAACAUCACCAGAAGUUGUUGUUUCUGUAAAUGUGCGUAAUCCUGCUGGACUUGCUGUCGACCCAGUGGGAGGAAACAUCUAUUGGAGUGACACUUACACCAAAAAGAUUGAAGUCAGCAGAAUGGAUGGAACCAUGAGAAAAGUAUUGAUAGACAAGGAUCUAGACAAACCAAUGGAUAUAAUUCUCGAUCUCACUAAAGGGUUGAUCUAUUGGUGUGACUGGGGUACCGUGCCUAAGAUUGAAACCGCUAACAUGGACGGAAACAGUCGGCGGAUGUUGGUUAAAAGAGGAUUAGAUCAGCCAAGCGGUCUCACUUUAGAUGAAGCAAAUAAUCGGCUCUACUGGGUAGACGCAUACUUUAACAUCCUUGAAUACUAUGAUUUGGAACGUCACACUAUAACAACUGUAACGCAAGACAGUUCUAAAUUAGGAUAUCCAUUUGGUUUGACGUUUCUCGAAGAUCACUGGUAUUGGACAGAUCGGGUGCAUGAUGUUGUCCGUCGAGCGGAGAAAAAGACACUUUCAAAUAUAAAAGUUGUUGUCAGGGGCCUUGAUAGACCCAGAAAUAUAUAUGCGUAUGAUAGAAAUAAACCUCUCCCAGAUCACCCUUGCUCUAAGUCCUAUGGUGGAUGUUCUCACUUGUGUCUUUUGAGACCGGAUGGUUAUAGGUGCUCCUGUCCAGACUACUUGCGACACGGUGAAAAUUGCUCUACGUCUGUCCACCUCCAUUCUCCACCUUCUUUAAGUACGCCUCAAGCCACAACUUUACAGACCACCAGGCAGACAACCAGACAACAGACGACCAACGAACCUCCAGCUACAACCCUUGAGACCACCAGGAGGACAACGCGACAGCAAACAACCAACAAGCCUCCAGCUACAACCCUUCAGACCACUAGGGAGACCACCAAACAGCCAACCACCAACAAGCCUCAUGGUUCAACCCUAUUCACCACCACACAACUGUCAUCCACCCGACACCAAUCAAAUCCUACUAGUCCUACCGAUUGUCGUUCAAACAAGUGUAGAAAUGGAGGAUUUUGUGUAAUCCCUGGUUAUUUUUGCGAGUGUCCGAAGUAUUACGUUUGGGACCUCUGCCUUGUUUACGUUGGUUCAAGUGCCGUAGAAGUAGAGCUAAAUCUUCAAAACGAGAAGCAAUGGAUACCAUACAACUUCCAAGCGGCAGUGGCAAAAGCCUGCACGAAUUCUUUUUGCGGAAAUGAGGAAUGUGAAAGCACGUCAAGGCAAGAUAGUCACUCAGAAAAGGAAAAGAAAUUCGUGGCUUCUGAUGCUAAAAUACUUGGACUUUCUUUCGGCGGAGAAAAUACUUUGAAAGUAGGAGUAGCUGUUUUAUUUCCAUCCCUGGAAGGCCAGGUUCCUGAGCCUUUACCUCGUGCUACACUCGAACAAAUACUCCAAAAAAAUGAAGGAAGUCUUGGAGAAGCCAUUGGAGGCACAAUCAUCAGGAUCGGCAAACGACAGGUAGAGAACCCAAAAAAUAGAGAAAGAUCAUCUCAAGAUAAAGAGACGUUUAACGUGCCAAUUGUCGCUGGGUUGGGAGGCACUGUUGUUGUACUGUUGUUUAUUUUGGCAUUCUUCGUCUACCAAAUGAAGCGGAAAAGAAAUUAUACAGGGAAAAUGACAGACGACAUCAUUUUGGACAGUGACUUGGUUCCUCCCAGAGUCAGUCUUAUCACUAAAUUUGAAAAUCCAGCGUAUAUCGCAGAAUGUCCAAUGCAUGAAUCUACCCACCACAGUGGUGGAUCGGUGACAUCUAGACAAGAGCAAGUCAACGGGGUUGGAUCCUUGAAAAACAAUAAAAAAACAGAGAAAGCACCCGAAAGAACGUUCAUGAGUAAUCCAACCUAUGGUGUGCCAUUCACUGAAGAUCCUGCAAUCAUCGAAGAUUCUGAAAUUCGCAAUGCCACUAUUGAGCAGAAGAAAGCAGAACCAUAGACAAAACGAUCCCGGGUGACUGAUAAAGUCAAUAACGUUAGUCUUGUAGAAUAGUGCAAAGGACAGUGACAUGUUUUAGGACUAGAUAUUACUUAGAUAUUCUGCAAAAAGGAAUUAGGUUUCCGUGGUAACUGCAUUUUUCGUUGUUUGCUUCUAAAGAGAAAACUAAUCAAAAGCUUAAGGUCCAAAAAUCAAGCUGGAGUUGAUAUUUGCACAACAACGGCCCUUAAAUGUAUCGCAGGGCUUAAGUAAAUUUCUCUAUGUUUAAAAGUCUCUUUUCCGAAUGAAAGAAGAAAAAUGGUUGAUUUUGGCCCCUGACCUGGAAUAAAGAAUAAUGCAUUGUAUUGACUCAGAAAGUUAUGCACAAUCUUUGUUUAGCAUUAGCCUUAGCACCAUUACUGUUGUUUACAUAACGACUCCAGUCACGGUAAAAGAGACUUGGAGGGAUGUUACUGAUUACCAUUUGAAUUCUUGCAAUAGUUUGCUAUUAGGUCAGCAAAGAAAAGAGAAUUAAGAAUUAACUACAUUUUUUACUGGUAUUCAUGAUAUUCUUAGUCUAAUUGCUGCAAUUUGAUAUUGUUACACUUUUCUACUUUUUCAUUAGUAUUAUUUCA